CCCAAAACACACAGAGACUUUGUAGGGAGAGAAAGGUCGUUUUAGAGAGAGAGAAACAGAGAGGGGGGGUUUACAGAGAGAAAGAGAGAGGGAGAGAGGGUGGAAGGGAGGGAGGGAGUAAAGAAUGGCCGGAGGGGCCUCAGGGAGGCUUCCGACAUGGAAGGAGAGAGAGAACAACAAGAGGAGAGAGAGGAGGAGGAGAGCCAUAGCUGCGAAGAUAUACACAGGCCUCCGGGCUCAGGGCAACUACAAGCUCCCCAAGCACUGCGACAACAAUGAGGUCUUGAAAGCUCUCUGCACUGAAGCCGGUUGGGUCGUUGAAGAAGAUGGUACUACUUAUCGAAAGGGAAGCAAGCCACCUCCGGGCGAAAUCACAGGCGCUUUGGCGAACAUCAGUGCAUGCUCCUCGAUUCAGCCUAGUCCGCAAUCCUCGGCAUUUCCAAGCCCUGUCCCGUCCUACCACGCCAGCCCCACAUCAUCAUCCUUUCCUAGCCCUACCCGGUUCGAUGCCAAUCCGUCCUCGUACCUCCUUCCGUUCCUCCGUAACAUUGCUUCCAUCCCAACGAACCUCCCUCCACUGAGAAUCUCCAGCAGUGCCCCUGUGACGCCUCCUCUCUCUUCCCCGACUUCUCGGAACUCGAAGCGGAAACCUGACUGGGAAUCCCUCUCCAGUGUCUCCUUACACAAGUCCUCCUUCCGCCACCCACUGUUUGCAGCCUCUGCCCCCUCCAGUCCCACUCGCCGCCAGAACAUGACGCCUCCAACAAUCCCGGAGUGCGACGAGUCGGAUGCCUCCACAGUGGACUCUGACCGGUGGGCGAGCUUCCACCAAAACAUGGUGGCUGCUGCGGCAGCUCCGCCUUCGCCUACGUUUAAUCUGGUCAACUCUGCGAGUCAACAGGGUCCUCUCAAGGAUGGAGUUGAACAAAACGGCGGCUUAGGGUGGGGAGCAUCGUCCGACAGGGGCUGGGGCUCUGAAUUUGAGUUUGAGAAUGGAAGAGUUAAGCCUUGGGAAGGUGAGAGGAUUCAUGAGAUUGCGGUGGAUGAUCUGGAGCUCACACUAGGGAGCAGCAAGGCUCGUGCUUAAGCAUAUCGCAAGCUCUUGCCCAACAGCAAUCUUAAUGAUGUGGCUCAUCCGAUUCGGAGGAAUCUAGGCAUUCCGGCCACUUACUAUGUCUCUUGAAACUGUGUUCGCGAAGUGCCAUUUUGAAGGGGAAACUCUAGCUUGAUCUCAUGUGUCCUGAACCCUUUUCCUUAAAAGAAUUAUGUAUAGUUAGUAUUUUUUUUUUGGUCAGUUGGAGCAUUCGCUGUGAAAGGUCCUUUCCAAUUCAAUUGUGAGAGAGCAAAUGCUCGGUCUGCUGCCUCGCAGGGACAUCUAUUUACAAUCAUUCAAAUGAUGGCAAGAUUAUGCAGAAGCUCAGGUCGAAAGGUUACAUUCUUUCCUAUGCUUAUUUACAGUCAGUCUAUCCUUUAUUUGUCAUGCAUCUCUUAGAGCUUGAAACCCAGAAAUUGUCUUCUUGAGAGUAAGGAACUACUGCGUGAGCUUGCUCUUGCUUUGAUGUUGAACCAAAACCAUUUCUGCA